GUCCAUGGCCAUGCUUCUCAACGGCACACGCCAAACUCAAACCAACGUCUGCAUGCGACCCAUGCGUAGCGUCUCUCUCUCUAUAUAGGGCUGGCCGCACGAGCUUGAGCUCCACGCGAGCAUCAGCCAACAGAAAAGCAGCAGCUGCAGCUGCAGCCAGCAAUGGCGGAGUCCUCCUCGCUCUGCGGUUUCUUGGAUCUCCGCGCGGCAGCGCCGUUCUUAGUCGCGGCCGUGGUGUUCUACCUCCUGACGGAGCAGCUGUCCUACCGCCGUAAGAAGGGUCCCCUGCCCGGCCCGGCGCUCGUGGUGCCCUUCCUCGGGAGCGUCGCCCGGCUGAUCCGCGACCCGACGGCGUACUGGGACGGGCUGGCGGCGCGCGCCAAGGAGUCUCAUCUCGGCCUGUCGGCGGAAUACUUCCUCGGGACGUUCGUGGUGUUCAUCCGCGACGCGGAGCUGAGCCACCGCGUGCUCACCAACGUCCGCCCCGACGCGUUCCAUUUCAUCGGCCACCCGUUCGGCAAGAAGCUCUUCGGCGACUACAACCUCAUCUACCUGUUCGGCGACGAGCACAAGGAGCUCCGCCGCCGGAUCGCGCCCAACUUCACGCCGCGUGCGCUCUCCACGUACGCCGCCAUCCAGCAGCGCGUCAUCGUCGCCCACCUCCGGCGGUGGCUCCACCGGAGCGAGCACGACGUGCCCUUCCGCCUCCGGGUGCCCUGUCGCGACAUGAACCUGGAGACGUCGCAGACGGUGUUCGUGGGCCCGUACCUCACCGCGGAGGCCCGGGAGGCGUUCGCGAGGGACUACCACACGUUCAACGUCGGGGUCAUGGCGCUGCCCGUGGACCUGCCGGGGUUCGCGUUCCGGCGCGCGAAGCAGGCGGUGGCGCGGCUGGUGCGCACGCUGACGGGGUGCGCGGGGGAGAGCAAGGCGCGCAUGCGCGCGGGCGGCGAGCCGUCGUGCCUCAUGGACUACUGGAUGCAGGACACGGUGCGGGAGGAGGACGAGGCGGCGGCGGCGGGGAACCCCCCACCGCCGCACGCCAGCGACGAGCAGGUCGGGGGCCACGUGUUCGACUUCCUGUUCGCGGCGCAGGACGCGUCGACGUCGUCCCUCUGCUGGGCGGUGUCCGCGCUGGCCGCGCACCCGGGCGUGCUAGCCCGCGUCCGCGCCGAGGUCGCCACGCUCUGGUCGCCGGACUCCGGCGAGCCCAUCACGGCCGCGCAGGCGGCGGAGAUGCGCUACACCCAGGCCGUGGCACGCGAGGUGAUCCGGCUCCGUCCCCCCGCGACGACGGUGCCACACAUCGCCGGCGAGCCGUUCGCGCUGGCGGAGGGGUACACGGUGCCCAAGGGCGCCACCGUGUUCCCGUCGCUGUACGAGUCGUCGUUCCAGGGGUUCCGCGACCCGGCGGCGUUCGACCCGGACCGGUUCUUCUCGGAGGAGCGCCGGGAGGACGUGGAGUUCCGACGCAACUUCCUGGCGUUCGGCGCCGGGGCGCACCAGUGCGUCGGGCAGCGCUACGCGCUCAACCACCUGGUGCUCUUCAUCGCGCUGUUCGCGUCGCUGGUGGAGUUCCGCCGGCACGCCACGGAGGGGUGCGACGACCUCGUGUACAUCCCCACCAUCGCGCCCAGGGACGACUGCGCCGUCUACCUUAAGCAGCGCUGCGCCGAGCUGCCAUCAUUCUAGCUCAGCUGAUGAUCCUCUUUGGGUUGGUGGCUGGGCACCAUCGUCGAGCAGCACACUCACUGUUAGUGGAGCCAUUGUAAUCUUUCCUGCAUGUUCUCGAGCGUGUGCGACCACCGGGGACCGUCGUCACAGAACGGCCGCCGGGACGAUCGAGACAAGCUAUUCCCUUGUCAUUGUUCAUCAUGGUGAGCCUCCGUGUUUGGCAUUAUCGAUGUUUCCGUAUCUCGUUGGUUGCAGUUGUGUUUUAAUUCAUUAUCCAAAUAAAAGCACGUGCCAUUUUUGUUAAGU